AUGCAGCCCCAGGACAGUGGUGUCCAGUACAGCCGGUGGAAGGACGGCAGCCGAGAUGAAGUUAACGUGGUGGCCGUGGCCAACAGUGGGGAGGCCUCUCGCUGUGAGAGGGUCUGCCGGAAGCUGUGCACGGGCAAGCUGGGUAUCACCAUGAAGGUGUUGGGCGGAGUGGCCCUCUUCUGGGUCGUCUUCAUCCUGGGCUAUGUCACCGGCUACUAUGUGCACAAGUGCAAAUAG